GCAAACUGUCAACAUCCCAAACAGAGUUUGUUUUUUUCCUUCUCGGUCGCGUUUCCUGGGCAAGAUUUUCCAAAAUAAAACGCUUGGUGCGUGUCCCUCAAUCCGCGUUCCCACCAUGGCCUCCAACGAGGACGCGCCGAAGGCCAUGAACGUGCUGGAUUUGCCGGUGGAAAUCCUCGAGGAAAUCUUUGAAUACCUGAGCUACGACGAAAUUGCCAAGAAGCGAAUUAUUUGCAGGAAGGUGGACCAGGUGUGCCAAUCGCUGCUGAAUCGGGGCUUCCUGAAGAUGAUUAAACGGCACAACGCGAAUCUGAAGGCCAUCAAGAUGCAGCUGCCGAGGCGCGAAUCGGAACGGCGGAACCAUCCGCUGGCGAAGCACUCGGACAUCCUGACCUGCAUCGAGACGCGCAUUUCGAUGCUGUCGAUGACGUACUCCAAGUACGUGGACAAAGACCUGUGCUGCUUUAUUCCGGGCAAGGUCAUCGAUGAGGUGUUCAACAUUCUGAAGCUGAUUGAGGGCACGUCCAAGCCGUUGAGGGCGCACGAGGUGCUGCAAGAACUGCGCGACAUCUCGUCGAUGGCGAUUGAACACUUUGACGAGAACAUUGCCCACCGGUUGAAGCGGAUCAUGGGCGUGCAGCACCAUCCGGGCGGAAGUCACUUGCCGUUCCCGACGCCGGGUUUCAUCCAGAACGAGGUUGUUCUGCCGUGCGACGUCAACGGCGAGAAGUUAAUCCUCCCAACGCUGACGCCAAUCUCCCCGCACAAGGUGAUGAUUCCGUCGCCGUCCGCUUCAUCUCAACAGUGCCACCAAAGUUCACCGUCGGCUUGCACCGGCAGCCGCAUCAACCAGGCGUCGAUCGUCCGCGUGACGCACAAAUCGCGCAAAAUGCGCCUCACGAUCAACAAGAUGAUUGCCGCGAUCCAGGGCGACCGGAACCAGAUGAAGCAGCUGCGCUCGCAGGUCAUGCGGAACAGCCUGGAGAUUCGCGACCUGCGGCGCCGGCUCGACGAAUCCGAGACGAAAAACCGCGAACUGCUGGCCAACCUAAGCAAGGCCGGCGGUGGACCGGGUUCGUCGGUGGAAUCCACGCCGGUUGUGGUCCACCGGAACAUGAAGCCACGCUCGGCGACCAUCAUUCUGAAGCGGAUCCUCAACGAAACGGCGGCCGAUGGGGACGCGGACGGCGCCAGCAGCUCCAAAAAGUCCAAACGUGAUUAACCACUUUACCACUUUAUAUAUUUUUUUGUAGUAGCUUUAGAGAAUAGUGAAACCACGAAGGGAAUUUAAUCCGGUUUCGAUUCGACUUGAUGUCGCUUAAAAGCUCUCGCUGAAUAGACAGAAAUACACUAUUCAAAGUUUAAAAUAUGUAUUCAAAAUUAACAAACUGUAUACUGAAACACUACGAAAGUCGACUGUCAACUCAAAAUUUGGUUUCCUUUUUAGUCGUUAGCAAAUCAACUAACAAACAAGCACUUGAAACGAUGAAAAGGUUAUGUUGUGGCAGUGGCACUGCUAAAUUACUAAAACAAAGAGAAACUCAUAUAAUAUUCGUAUGUAAUCUGUAGUAUGUAAGGAAGCUAGUUUUACAAUUCGUCGCGCUGAAUGUAACUUCGUUGAGCAAAACUUUGUGAGAAAAUAAAAUUUCAAAAGCCAGUAAAAAA